GUGGAGUUAGUUGUAGCUGCGCGCUGUCUGUCAACCAGGAAGUCCUCAAUAAGACACAUUCACUUUCCAGAUGCAGAGGAAUGGAGGCAUGCUGAUGUGUCUGUGCUCCUCCUGCGCUCUAGGCUGGGCAUCUUUCUGCCAUGAAUAAGAGGAAGUCUUUUGUCCACAAUGUUGUAAAACCUUCUAAGACUCCUAGGACGGAUGGUAAAACACAUGUCCAGGAUGAGGAGGAUGUUGAUGAGGAGGAUGAAGUCCAGCAAGAUCACUCACUCUCUGCUUCGAGCAUUGGAGAUAUCGGUGUGAUAGAAAGUAUCACUUUGAGGAACUUUAUGAGUCACCAUUUGCUUGGACCUUUCAAAUUUGGACCAAAUGUAAACUUCAUAGUUGGGAACAAUGGAACUGGGAAAAGUGCUAUUCUGACAGCUCUUAUAGUGGGUCUCGGUGGAAAAGCAACCACAACCAACAGAGGAACAUCUCUGAAAGGCUUUGUGAAAUAUGGAGAGAGUUUUGCAGACAUUAAAGUCAAAUUAAAAAACAGAGGGAACGACCCCUAUAAAGGUGACAUUUAUGGCGACAGCAUCUGCAUUGAGCAUCGGAUCACAAGCGACGGUUGCAGGACUUGUAAAAUCAAGAAUAAAAUUGGCCAUGUCAUUUCAACAAAGAAAGAAGAGUUAACUGCUAUACUGGACCAUUUCGGUAUUCAGGUUGACAAUCCCGUUUCAGUGCUCAAUCAAGAAAUGAGCAAACAGUUCCUGCAUUCAAAAAGUGAAGCAGACAAGUACAAGUUUUUCAUGAAAGCAACUCUUCUGGAGCAAAUGAAAAGAGACUACAUUCACAUCAAGCAGACUAAAGCCUUGACACGCGAACAAGUGGAAAGACAAGAAGAGUGUCUUAAAGAUCUCAGGCAGUUGUUUUUGCAAAAGAAAGAAAGAUAUGAACGCUUGUCAUCGCUCGACAACAUGAGACAGACUCUGGAGGAUCUGAAAAAGAAGAUGGCGUGGUGUUUGGUGAGAGAGAAGGAGAGGCUUGUUGAACAACUGAUAGAACAAAUUGAAAAAGAAGAGUCUGACUGUAAACGGGAAGAAAAGCUGCAGCUCUGUCAGAGCAAAGUUACCGCUGCUGAAAAGAGAUUGCAGGACAUUCAGAAGAAGCUUUGCACUCUUAGAGAAGAGCAGGAGCGUUUGGCAGAGGAGAGCUGUAAGAUGAAGGAAGAAAUUAAAGUCAAAACAAAAGCACUGAAGAGUCAAGAGGUGGUUUACUUCCGCGCUGAGAAUAAAUUGAAACAAUUAGAAAAGGAGCAAUGCCUUCUUCAGGAGCGAAUUCACAAAAUAAGUCACGGCAGUGGCAGAAGAAGCCAUGAGACUGAGCAAGCACAGCACCUCAAAAAAAUAGCUGCCUUCAAAAAGCAGCUGGAAAAGCUUGAGAAAGAGUCCAGCGCUCUGAAUCAAGAGAUUAAGGACAAACAACAAGCUCUGCUUAAAGGAAGAGAGGAAUAUGAUAAACUCAGCAUGGAGGAGAAGAACAUCCAGGUUUCUCUGGAGUCCAAACUGAAGAGAAAGAAGCAGCUAAUGGCCAGCAGAUCCAACAGACUGAGACGCUUCGGCGAUCACAUGCCAGAAUUGUUGGAGUCCAUUGACAAAGCCUUCGCUCAGGGCCGAUUCAUCAAGAAACCUGUAGGACCUAUAGGUGCAUGCAUCAGCCUAAAGGAUCCCAGUUUAGCCGUGGCUGUGGAGAGUUGCUUACGAGGUUUCUUUAAAACCUUUUGCUGUGAUAAUUACAGGGACGAAAAAGUCCUGCAGGGCCUGAUGUCCUCAUACUUCCCCAAAGGCAGCAGGCCUCAGAUUAUGGUGUGUCCAUUCACAGACAGAGUUUAUAACCUGCAAGGCCGUGGAGUCCACCAUCCUGAGUUUCCAUCUGUGCUGGACUGCCUCAAUAUCGAGAACCCGGUGAUAACAAACUGUCUGAUUGAUAUGAGGGGCAUUGAGAGCAUUCUGAUUAUCAAAGAGAAAGCUUGUGCGAGAAGAGUCAUGCAGGGGUCGAGACCCCCGAAGAAUUGCCGUGAGGCCUUCACUGCAGAUGGUGAUCAGGUCUUCAGCCAUCGCUAUUACACACCUGAACAUGAAGUACUGGUCAAAUAUCUCGGUGGAGACCCAGAGGCAGAAAUACGUCUAGUGGAGUCGGAGCUGGAGAACAGUCAGGCUCAGCUUUCACGGUUCCAGCUUCACUUGGUCUCUGUGAAGGAAGACAUUCAGUUCAUGGAGGAGAAGCUGCGGAGUGUCAUCAUGGCCUGCAAAAAGAAUCAGGAAAGUAUAAAUAAGGUUAAAGCUUCCAUAACAGAACUUGAGAACAUUGAAGAGGCGCAGGCUGAAGACAUCAGCUCCCUGGAAGAAGAUGCACAGGAAAAUGAACAGAAGAUCGAAUCGGAGAGGAGAAACGCGAAAGAGGCCCAGGAUGAGUUAAAGGAGCACGAGAGAGUGCUUUCAAGUAUUAAUCAGAAAUAUAAAGAUGUGAAAAAUAAAAUGGAGCAACUCUCAGAUGAGACGGAACAACUGAAGGAGGAGCAGGUUAAGGCAGAGGCUGUGUGCAGUAAACUUGAUCAGACAUUGAAGAUCUUGGAGAAGAAACUCGAGGAUCAUCAGGCUAAUAUUCAGACCAUGAAAGAUGAUUUGUCACUCAGAGAGGAAGAAAUGCAGGAUUGCGAAGCCAAAGCCAAAGAGAUCUGUCCUGUGCGACAGCAGGUAGAUCAGAGUGCCAAAUGUAUCGAUGCCGAAAUCACACGCCUUCGACAAAAAAUCAGUACAGAAGAGAGCAGCCACGGUGACAAGGAACAAGUUAUCAGGGAGUACGCAGAGGCUCACACUAAUUACAAAAGCAAAUCCAGCCAGCUGAGGGAUCUCAGGAAGUUUAUUGAUCGUCUCGACCACAUCAUGAUUGACCGUCAGGACAGAUACAAAUCAAUGCGACGGUCACUUUCUGUGAGGUGCAAGCUGUACUUCAACAACUUCAUGAUGCAGCUGAACUGCUGUGGCUCUAUGAUGUUUAAUCACAUCAAUGAAACUCUGUCCAUUUCAGUGAAACCCCCCGGUCAGGAAAAAAACAACGUCAAUGACAUGCGUUCCCUGUCGGGAGGCGAGCGCUCCUUCUCCACUGUCUGCUUCAUUCUGGCACUCUGGGAAAUAACUGAGUCGCCCUUCCGGUGCCUAGAUGAAUUUGAUGUUUAUAUGGACAUGCAUAAUCGCAGCAUUUCAAUGAACAUGCUUGUAGCACUUUCAGAACGUCAGCAUCUGCGACAGUUCAUCUUCAUCACCCCUCAGUCCACCAGCCAUCUGCCUAAAAGUGCCCAUAUUACGAUCCACCAGCUUCAGGAUCCAGAGAGAGAAGCGGAGGAGGAGUGAGAUGUGCGUUAGCUACAGACAUUGCCUGGAGAGACUGUAUUGAACGUGUGUAAAGUUGAU